AUGGCCAAUGGUCAGUGGCGGUUCUGCGGCAACCGAUUCGGAGUAGAAUCUCCUCAUGGUUGCUCAUUACACCAUUACGGCGAGUAUGAGGAUAACCGCUUCUUCCAGAUGGCGAAGAAGAAUUUGGAGUAUAAGCUCCCGAGCACGUUCCCUCACGAGCAGAUCGGAUGGCAGAUGAACAUACUCAAGCUCGGAGACAUCCGCUUCUCGUUUACUAUGUGCAUGGGUCUGAUUAAUGGUCAACCGAGCUUUGUUCGAGUUCUGAAGGUCUCGCCAGACGGUUCGCCCGCUGAGAUCUGUGAGAUCGUUAAAGUAGCAGAGAGGGGUUUGCAGCUCACCAAACCUGAUGCCAGCAACGAUAGCUCCUUAGGCGACAACUCUGCAGAAGCAAAUGCAAUUCCUCGAAAGCCAGCAGCUCUCUUUAGCAUAAUCGAGGAGGAAGAAACAAACGAAGAAGCAUAUAAUAAUGCCACCUCUUAUAUGACCUAUAACCAGGCUAUCAUGGAAGCUAGUCAGCAGCGACAGAGGGAUGUAAAAGACUCCCAAAAAGCCAGAGCAGCUGAAAAAGCAGCAAAAGCCGCUUCUUCCAAGUCCAAGGCCAAGUUGCAGAAGCCGAAGACCGUAAAAGAGACAUUAGCUGCAACCAAGAAGAAAAACUAA